UCAACCUUGCCACCCUCUCUCUGUCUCUCUAUCUCUGUCUCUGUCUCUACCUUUUCCUACAAUUCCUACAGUUAUAAACUCCGUUGUAUCUCUUCGUGUUCGUUGGAUGAAGUCUCUUAUUGAGAAGCUGGAAUUAUUAGAUUGUGGAUUUGACAACUAUUGGUGAGAUGGAAUCGAGUUUAACCUUGUCAAGAACAAAAAGGCAUGCCAAUUUGAUGCAGUCCUUAGAGGCAAAUAAUGUUUAGAAUGAUAUGCUCAUGUUAUGAUCACUGGGCUCCUUCUUUUUGCUUUUUUAUUGAUAAUGGGCAAGGUUUAUCUAGUACAAUGAGAUGAAAAGAUCAUUGUGGUGCAUUGCCAUUAUCCUGAUGAAGGAACUUAUCCGCCGUUGUGUGGGGUACAAAGUUGAUUGGAGAACACUGUUUUUGGUUGGGGCCAUUUUGACAAUAGCUGGUGUUGUGUUUCAGAUGUUUAGCCUUCCUUAUUCCCUGGAGAUAUGGUUUCUGUCACCACAUGUUACAGUUUCAUCAUAUGAAUCUUUGAAUAGUACUAUUCCAUUGAGUGAGACCCUCACUAAGGCAAGGGUCGAAGAGUUUCAGUUUGUUCUAGCUGCCCCUGUUGUUUCAGUGAAUUCUUCUAUUAAGUUGAUCCAAUCAAUGCCAGUUGAGCCGAAGAGAGUGACUGCUCCCAUGAGGAAAAAUUCUAAAUCUAAAUCUAUAUCUAGAAGAAGGAAAAAGAAUAUCAAACUAGAUGACAAGCCAAAGCUGCUACCUCCUCUCCCUCCUCGUAAAAUAGUGCCUUCUCGCUUCCAGAGAUACAUUUGGUCCUUGUCACCAAAUGAGGCGCUGAUGUAUGCUAAAAAAGAGAUUGAGCAUGCUCCAGUAGUUAUUGAUGAUCCUGAGCUAUUUUCCCCUUUGUUUCGGAACAUUUCUGUUUUCAAAAGGAGCUACAAAUUGAUGGAAAUGACACUUAAAGUGUUCAUUUACCCUGAUGGAGCGAGGCCUAUAUUUCACGAACCUCAUCUCAGUGGAAUUUAUGCUUCUGAAGGAUGGUUCAUGAAGUUGAUAGAGGCAAACAGGCAAUUUGUGACGAGAGACCCUGAAAAGGCUCACUUAUUUUAUUUGCCUUAUAGUGCACGCCAGCUGCAAAUGACACUCUAUGUGCCUGAGUCACAUAAUAUGAGACCGCUGUCAAUCUUCCUGAGGGACUAUGUGAACAUGAUUGCUGCCAAGUAUCCCUUCUGGAACCGCACACAUGGAUCAGAUCAUUUCCUCGCCGCUUGCCACGACUGGGGCCCUUACACAGUGACUGAACAUGAGGAGCUAAGCAGAAACACCAUAAAAGCUCUAUGCAAUGCAGACCAAUCAGAAGGAGUUUUUGUGGCUGGAAAGGAUGUUUCCCUCCCAGAAACUACCAUAAGGACCCCUAGAAGACCUCUUAGAAAUGUUGGCGGGAAUAGAGUCUCACAGCGCCCUAUUCUUGCCUUCUUUGCAGGAAACAUGCAUGGGAGAGUCCGUCCCACACUGCUCAAGUAUUGGAGAGAUAAGGAUGAAGACAUGAGAAUCUAUGGGCCUCUGCCAGAUAGAGUCUCCAGAAAGAUGUCUUAUGUUCAACACAUGAAAAGUAGUAAAUACUGUUUGUGCCCAAUGGGGUAUGAAGUGAACAGCCCUAGGAUUGUUGAGGCUAUAUAUUAUGAGUGUGUUCCUGUAAUUAUUGCAGAUAAUUUUGUGCUUCCUUUCAGUGAAGUGCUGGACUGGAGUGCUUUCUCUGUUGUUGUGGCUGAGCAGGAUAUUCCCAAGCUGAAGGAGAUUUUGUUGGCUAUUCCUCUCAGAAGAUAUCUCAACAUGCAAACUAAUGUCAAGAUGGUGCAGAAGCAUUUUCUUUGGAACCCUAGACCAAUUAGAUAUGAUUUGUUUCAUAUGAUUCUUCAUUCAAUAUGGUUUAACAGGCUGAACCAGAUUCAAAUCACAAAUUCCUAGCCAUUUUAAUAAGUUCUCCCACAAAUGCAUUGAAUUUGUAAAGGCUGGUUUGAAUGUACAGUAAUACAAGUGUUUUUUUUUUUAUUCUUGAAGUGACCUG